GUCAUGUCACAUGACACGUGAAACGUGUCCAGCUCCACGUUUCCUGUGGCUCCAAUGCCUCCACCCCCCAUUCCUCGUGCUCCCACCCCUCGCCGUCCCUCUAACCCCUGUACUGGGAUUGCAAACAUUGCUCCCUCGCACUGUCCCCCCCCCAUCUGCUCGCUCACAUAUCGCGACGCGGCACCCACACAAGCCACGAACGAUCGGACCUCCGUUGCGCUGCGGCGGCUACGGCGGCGUGAGUGUCUUUGGAGAAUACGAGUGCUUCAGUUCUGUACGACCCGGCACUGCAUACCCUCAACUCUCUGAAAGACAGCAUUGAGGACAUUGGCUUUGAGGCAGCUCACAGGGGAGCAGCCACCGUCAUGAUGCUGGAAGUCGCCGACGUUGACAUUGUGGGCAUGACCUGUCAGUCGUGUGUGCAGAGCAUAGAGGGGAAAAUGUCAAAGCUCAAGGGAGUGCUGAGUUUCAGCGUGUGCUUACAGAAAAACAAUGCCACGGCCGCAUUCAUUCCGGAUGUCAUAAGCAUGCAGAAGCUGUGCGACGAAAUCGAAGACAUGGGAUUCGAGGCGCGCCCCGUCGAUCGGAAGCUUGCCACGGACGCCGCGGAAGAGGGCAGAUCAACUGCCGAGGAUAUGGUGAAAAUGAGACUCGAAGGAUUGAUUGGACAAUCGGCAGUGAAUGCAGUGGAGGGGAAGUUGAGCAAGUUGAAUGGUGUCCUGCGCGUGAAGGUUAACCUGUCCAGCCAGGAGGUGGUUGUGUGGUUCCAGAAGCUCGUCAUCAGCGUCGACGACAUCCAAAACCAGAUCGCCGAAUGUGGUUUGCAAACCACGGUGAGGUCGCGUCCGAAACAGUUGAGGUUGUCGCCGCAGGCCGUGCAGAAACUGCAGGAGAUGAACGGCUCUGUGUGCCAUUUCAAAGAAGCCAAACCAACGUCGCUGGGCCUCGGGAAGUGUCCGAACGUCGUCAUAAGCGUCGAGGGGAUGCACUGCAAGUCUUGCGUCUUUAACAUCGAAAGCAACAUCGGCCAUUUGACCGGAGUGCACAGCAUCGCGGUUUCCCUCGAGACAAAGUCGGCUGCGGUGAGCUACAGCCCGGAGGACAUCUCCCCCGCGGCUCUGUGCCAGGCCAUCGAGGCGCUUCCACCCGGCAUCUUUAAAGCGAGCGUCUCGCCAACGUCGACGAAGGCGGUGGCUUCCCCCCCUCCUCCUCCGCUGAGCAGCGUCGUGGUGCUGCGCGUGGAGCACAUGGAGAGCGCCGCUGGCGUCCUCGCCGUGGAGCGCGCCCUGCUGGAGUGCCCCGGCGUGAAAACGGCGCGCGCCUCGCUCGUCGACGGCACCGCCACCGUGCACUACGACCCCCGCGGCGCCAGCCCCGCCGCGCUCUGCGCCAGCAUCACCGACAAGGGCUUCAAGGCUUCCCUGCUCGAUGGCAGCGAUCCCAAGUCACGGGCAAGCCACUCGCAGUUCCUACUGGAGGGCUCGACUACCCCCUCGCUCAACGGCAGCAGGCCGGGCUGGCACGCGCCCACCAGCAGCAGCAGCAAGGGGGCCAUGCAGCUCGUGCCCACCGAGGAAGAGGCGGUGGUGGCAUCUGCGAAGGAAGAGGAGGCCAAGUGCUUCCUGAUGGUCACGGGCAUGACUUGCGCCUCUUGCGUGGCAAACAUCGAGCGCGUGCUCGGCAGAAGGCGCGGUGUUCAGUCGGUGCUGGUGUCGCUCAUGGCUGGCAAGGCCGAGGUGCGCUACCACCCGGCCUCCGUGGCGCCGGAGGAGAUCGCGGAGAGCGUGCGAGACAUGGGCUUUGGGGCGACGCUCCUCGACAACCAGGACAUCGCGCCGGGCUGCCUGGAGCUCGUGGUCCAGGGCAUGCGGUCGGCAUCGUGCGCUCACGCCAUCGAGUCGGCGCUCACGCAGUGCCACGGCGUCACGAGCGCCGCCGUGGCACUGGCCACAAACCGGGCGCACGUGGAGUUCGACCCGGACCAGAUCGGCCCACGGGACAUCAUCAAGGCUGUCCAGAAUGCCGGGUUCCACGCCGUCCACCUGAAGAGAGACCGCACAGGGAACCACCUCGACCACUCGGACAAGAUUCACCAGUGGCGAAGGUCAUUCUUCUUCAGCCUGAUUAUUGUGGUGCCUACCAUGGGGAUGAUGAUUUACAUGAUGGUGACAGAACGCCACCACGAGGGCCACCACACCGGCAUAUUGGCCAAGCACAUCGUGCCGGGACUCUCUCUGAUGAACCUGGCUGCCUUCGUGUUGUGCACCCCAGUCCAGUUCAUCGGCGGCUGGUACUUCUACAAGCAGGCCUACGGGGCCCUGCGUCACGGCACGGCCAACAUGGACGUGCUGAUUGUGCUGGCGACCACCGUGGCGUACGCCUACUCGUGCGUGGUGCUCUUCGUGGCCAUGGGGGAGCAGGCGAUGGUCAGCCCCAUCACGUUCUUCGAUACGCCGCCCAUGCUCUUCGUGUUCGUGUCGCUUGGCCGCUGGCUCGAGCACAUCGCCAAGAGCAAAACCUCGGAGGCGCUCGUCAAGCUGAUGUCCCUGCAGGCUGCGGAGGCCACGGUGGUGAAGUACGGACUCUACAACGACAUCAUCGGAGAGGAGCAGGUGGACGUGGACCUGGUGCACCGGGGGGACGUGGUGCGAGUGCUGCCCGGAGGGAAGUUCCCGGUCGACGGGAAGGUCGUCGAGGGGCAGUCCCUCGCCGACGAGUCUCUCAUCACCGGAGAGGCUAUGCCAGUGAUGAAAAAGCCGGGGAGCCUGGUGAUCGCUGGCUCCAUCAACCAGAACGGCGGCCUGCUGGUGAAGGCCACUCACGUGGGAGCCGACACAACGCUGUCCCAAAUUGUUCGGCUGGUGGAGGAGGCGCAGACUUCCAAGGCACCUAUCCAGCAGUUUGCCGACAAGAUCAGCGGCUACUUUGUGCCGUUCAUCGUGGGCGUUUCGGUGGUGACCCUACUCUCCUGGGUCACCAUCGGCUACGUGGAUUUCAGCAUCGCUAAGAAAUACUUUCCGGAGUACGAUUCGAGGCUGUCGCACGGCGAGGUGGUCUGGCGCCUCGCCUUCCAGGCGGCCAUCACGGUCCUGUGCAUCGCGUGCCCCUGCUCGCUGGGCCUGGCCACCCCCACGGCCGUCAUGGUCGGCACGGGGGUCGGAGCGCAGCUGGGCAUCCUCAUCAAAGGCGGCGAGCCCCUGGAGAUGGCUCACAAGGUGCGCACGGUGGUAUUUGACAAGACGGGCACGAUCACGCACGGCAUCCCCAAGGUGAUGCGCGUGUCCAUCCUGGAGGAGCACAUGAAGCUGCCCCUCCACACGUUCCUCGCGGUGGUGGGCACAGCGGAGGCGAGCAGCGAGCACCCGCUGGGCUCUGCCGUCGCCAAGUACUGUCGGCAGAACCUCGGCACCGAAAGCCUGGGAUCGUGCGCCGACUUCCAGGCCAUCCCUGGGUGCGGGAUCAGCUGCCGCGUGUCCGACGUGGAGGCCGUACUGGCGUCGUCGAAACAGGGCCUCGCCGCCGCCAACUCCGUGGCAGCGGCGCUGCUGGUAGACAUCGCCGACGGGAAACCCGCGGGCUCCCAGACCAUCUCCAGCACCGAUGUGGGGGCUGGACCAGCAGCAACCUCGGGGCAAGAAUACGCGGUUUUGAUUGGAAACCGCGAGUGGAUGAACCGGAAUGCGCUGCUGGUGGCGGAGCCCGUCGACAAGGCCAUGGCUGAGCACGAGGAGAAGGGCCAGACCGCCGUCUUGGUCGCCAUCAACGGCAAGCUGUGCGGCAUGCUGGCCAUCGCGGACACCGUGAAGCCGGAGGCCGCGCUCGCCGUUCGCACGCUCGCCGACAUGGGCCUCCAGGUGGUGCUCAUGACGGGCGACAACAGGAAGACGGCACAAGCGAUCGCGGCCCAGGUGGGCAUCAGGCGCGUGUUUGCGGAGGUGCUGCCCUCGCACAAGGUGGCCAAGGUGGAGCAGCUGCAGGAGAGCGGACAGACGGUGGCGAUGGUGGGCGACGGUGUCAACGACUCGCCGGCGCUUGCCCGCGCCGAUGUGGGCAUCGCGCUCGGCACCGGCACCGACGUUGCCAUCGAGGCGGCGGACAUCGUGCUCAUCCGCAACGACCUGCUGGACGUCGUGGCCAGCAUUCACCUCUCCAAGAAGACGGUGCGACGCAUCCACAUCAACUUCGUGUUCGCCCUCAUCUACAACGUCGUCGGGAUCCCCAUUGCUGCAGGGGUGUUCAUGCCGGCGGGGCUAGUGCUGCAACCCUGGAUGGCGGCCGCAGCGAUGGCUGCCUCGUCCGUGUCUGUUGUGCUCUCGUCGCUGCUGCUCAAGAGGUACAAGAAGCCGAGCCGCCUGCGCCUGGAGGCGCAGACCCGGGGCCGCGUGCGCGAGUGCAGCCUCUCGGAGGUGAGCGUCGCCGUGGGCAUGGGAGACCGCCCCGCCUGGGUGGACGGGCGCACCUCCCCCAAGCUAGGCGUCUGGGACCGCGUCAAGUUCAUCAGCCAGACGUCUAUCGCGUCGCUCACCGCGGACAAGCGCAUGGCCGGCGGCACCGCCGCCCUCUCCGUGCAGCUGCUCGACCGGCACUCGCUGCUCGGCGACGGCAGCUCGCACCACGAAUUCACGACCGACGUGUGAACGGCGCGAUGGCUGGGGAAUGACCGACUUCGGCCGCUGUGGCCGAUCGCCGUGCUCGCCUGUGCUGGGAGAGAGCCCGUCGAGCGUGAAGCCUCCACCGCCGCCCCCUCCUUCCCCCGCACUUCCCCGGCCCUUUCCCCAGCGGUGCAUCUUGUGCAAUAACGUGAUGGCAACCUUGAAGUCUAUCGCACGCUUGCAAGACGAGGUUUUUAGCUCGAACUUUUACAAUGUAAAUACGCUGUUGGACUUGCCGACUUGUCGUGGUUUUAUUGAAGUCACGAACGAGUUCUCGUGCGGAGGAUUUUUUUUGUUUUCGCCUGAAGAUUAACGUCAAAGAAAGAGGAAAGCUUCGCAGCGAGAGGCCGGUGAAAGCGAGCACGCGAUGUCGCCUCCCGCGACGCUCGUUUCGUGCCACGGGAACAGAGAACCGGAACUUUCUCUUGUCUAGGACCCGUGAGACUCCGUGAAGCUUUCCUGGGUUAACAAGCAUAAUCAAAGUAAUACUAAUUAGUGUGAACGCAUUCCAUUCAUUCAUACCGACAGGGAGUGGCGUGCUCGAUUGCUCUCUCUCUCUCUGUCGCUCGCUGCGCCCUGUUUAGCCUCUUCAUGUAAGUUUAUUUUUAUUACAGUGCCUCACUCUGCACGAGGUGCAUUACCUCUCGUUAUACAAUAUUUGUAUGGUUUAAAAACAUGGUUAUUAGUUUGUUGUCCUUUCCCCGCACCUCCGAUUAUCACGGUUGGCUUCGUACGGUGCGAAAGAAGUUCAACAUACAUCCGUACAUAACAUGAAUGGGAGCGAGAUAUAAACUUGCUCCGAUCUGCAGAUGGGGGAAAUGGCAAUUUUUUUAACUUGAGUCCUUUGCAUGCAAAGGGUGACCUAUCGUGUAAUUGAUGCCGAGCGUGCAGUUAUAUCGGUGUAAUCUGUAAGGGGGGGCAGCAGGGUGGUGGAGUGGUGGCGCAGUGGUCACGCUCGCACCUCACAGGCAGAAGGGGAGGCCAGGGUUCGAUUCCCGACACGGGCGCCCUUCUGUGUGGAGAUGUUCGCUCUCCCUCUGCUUUGCGUCGGUUUCCUCCAGGUUUUCUGGUUUUCUCCCACAGCUCAAAACAACAUACAAUGUAACUGGUAUUGACCAAACAUCCAGAACAAUAACAAAACAUACUCAGUUGGGAUUACGCACAACAGCAGCAGCAGCAACAUUGCCCUCCGGCCCCAACCCUGCUGCAAACACCUGGCAGGAUCAUCCUGAACCUUGAGACUUUCCUGGGUAAACAAGCAGUCAUAGUAAAAUGUGAAACUAAUGCAGUUGUAAAUGGUGGACAGAGAAUUUAAUGAAUUUCAGCUUAAUCAAAUCGGAGGGAGUGGGGGGUGAUUUCCCUCCCUGCCACCAAAUAAUUGUAACCGCAUUGAGUCGAGUGUUUUACGCAAUUUUACCAGUAAUUAUUUUAGUAUCCAUUUGCAUGUAUAUAUAUUUUUUAAUGAAAUCAAAAACAUUUUACCUAGCCAUGUUGCUCAAGUGAUUCGCUCGACGGUUGCCGUGAUGAAGGUAGUUUUUUUUUUCUAUACACGGUAAGAACGAGUCAAGAUUAACCGUGGAAAUGUUAUUGUUAUUAUUUGCGCACCCUGCCUUAUAGCCAUGGUUUCAAGAUCAAACGACAAGAGUGAGAACAUUGGAAGCGAUGCAAAAUUUCCGAGCACUUUCGAGUGUGCAAACGAAUUUAAAAAAUCAACGUGUAGCAUUUGCACGUUUGCCAGUGACCCGUCAUCCACAUAAUCAUAUUUACUGUGGGCCGCAGCCAUCGUUGGCCAAUCCAUCAAGCACGGUUAAACUCUCUUGGUAGAUCUCAGAGGGCUCAGCGAUCCACCACAAAGCCAUCACCAACAAUGACCCUGUUCUAUACAGGGACUCCUCUACUUACGAGCAGAUCUGUCCGUAUGUCCAAUUGCCUGUUUGGACUGCCAGUCGUAGGUUCAGCCACCGCGCAAUAGAUGGCGGUGGUGGCAUUUACAUCUGCAGAACGUGAAGAACCAGCGGCAUCUACAGGAGAUUAUACAACGUUUAAAGUCGUUCCCGUGUGUAGUGCACAUGCCGUACAACGUGUUUUUGAAUCGACGGGAGUAAAGUUGGACUUACGAACCCAGAUCUCUGGAUCCUAACUCGCUCGAAAGUCGAAGAGCUCCCCGUGCACGAUUUAGUUUACGUACCCAGGGGUCAGAAACCUGCGGCUCCGGUGUAGCGUGCGCGGCUGUUUGGCCCCUCUGCCAGGGUUCUAUUCCCAACCCCCCUCUCCCCAGCUGGCAGCCGUUGUUUUAAAUCUUAAACGUCAUUUUACUCAACGAUAAUAGGCAAUUUAU